GGAAAUGACGGUACUUCAAUCUUCAUAGUGUAGAGAAUUUUUGUGAAAUAGUUUCGUGAAAUUCGUUUUACGAAAUUUCGGGUCAAUCUAGUUCCGAAAAUCUUACUUCAAUAUUAUAUACCGACCUUGAAUUACGAUUUCGUUAUAAUCGAUACUAAAUAUGAAAUUACUCGAAAAGUUCAAUUGUCAAAUAUUUGCAAUUGAAAACUGGUUGUUCCAGCUUCGAGGAAAUUCCACCUGGCGGUUGUAGCAUUGGCCGGAAAAUCUUCAUGAACUUUACCGAAUGAUGGAAAAACCGAGCCCAAAGUUGCUCAAAGCAUGCAUUCGAUGCAUUGUGUCCUAAGCUUUAUGGCGAUUGUUUUGGAAACAGUGAAAACAUCGACUACACUGUUCGAACGUGUGCGGCAAAACACCGACUUUACUGAGGAAUAAUUUCAAAUAUUGUGUUAAUAAUUAAAUCGGGAAGUUCUUUAAACUCACUAAUCAUUUCUUUCAAAUAUUUACUUCCCCUGUGCGUCUUUCGCUGCAUAGCGACGACAGCGCGGGUUGUCAAUAUGUCAUUGGACAAAAAAAUUACUUUUCCGAAGAAUCUUAAGGAGUUUGGAUACGGUUUUGAUGAAGGUGGCAAAUUACGGAAAGUAGAUCUGGUCACCAAUGUGAUGAGUAAGGAAGAAGGCUUCGAAUUCAACGUUUCUGAAGAUCCUCAAUACAAUCAAAAGCGUUACGAAGCAUUGGGCGAGGUGAUCAACGAAUACGUUUACGAUUUACUGGAAAAAGAGGGUCUGCGAAGGAUCCCAGUGCCGAAAACGAGUAACGCACCACUGGCAUUGCGAUCGUCGAUAUUUGCGAGCGAGGAUGCAUUUGAGAACGAAAAAUUGCUGAUACUCAUUCACGGAAGCGGUGUAGUGAGAGCGGGCCAGUGGGCACGUCGUUUGAUAAUAAACGACGAUCUCAACUCCGGAACACAACUGCCCUAUAUUCGAAGGGGAAGGAAGCUCGGAUAUGGAAUUUUAGUGCUCAAUACGAACGACAAUUCCAGAACGAUUGGUAACGAAGUGAAAAAAAUUCCGGGCAGUGAGGAUCCGUACGCGCAUUUGCGGACAGUCUGGUCCGAUUACGUGAAAGGGUCGAACGCCAAGAAAAUCGGAAUAAUCGCUCACAGUUACGGCGGUGUUUGCACUAUCAAAUUCGCAAUGGAAAAUCCCGAAGAAUUCGUCAAGAAAGUAUUCGCUGUUGCUUUCACCGACAGCGUUCACUCAUCCAUGAUGCCUACCAAAGGAACUGAUCACAUAAUAAAAAUAACCAAAAAUUGGGUAACUUCGGACAAGCCGUUGGACACACCCGAAAAAACAUCGAGCGACGAUGUCGAGUGCGUUUCAGCAGGAACGUCGGUCCACGAAAUGACUUCGUGGUCCAGCAUCGAGUCUGUGUUCAGAUUUUUGGAGCAACGUUACAGGAGCGUUACAGCGAAGGAAGAGUUGUAAUAACUUAUGAAUUGUCAAGGAGCAAUAAAAAUAAACUAAUUCGCGAUUAUGAGUUACGUCGUGGCGAAUAUUUUACUUUAAUUUUGUAAUUCUGUUCCAAUAAACUUGAAAAACUA